AAAAUGUGAUAAAGUUGCUUCAAAAACUGUGCCGGUCAUGAAAGUGGACAAAAAUUGUGAAACGUGCGCGGGCAGACAUAUUGCAGAUCAGUGAUUUCGAUGGGGGUCGGCGAGGCGGUGAAAAAUGGGACUUCGGAUGGCAGGACUGACUGGAAAACAGAGAAAAAGGAGCUAUUCGGAGUCCAACUCGAGGUGACGAGUCUCUUGCUGGAAGCAGAACGAAGACGCUUGAUCCUUUUACAAAAUGAACUUGGUAAUGCCGUGAUACUCAACAAUAACAAUCCGAAUGGUUCAUCAUUCAAAGCCAAAGAAGAAACGCACAAAGAACUAGUGCAGGCGAUCUCUCGAAUUCAGUCUCAGUACGAGCAACUGGAGCAGGAAUAUAAAAUCCACGCACUCGGAGCUCUACGAUGCAGCAACACAGGAAAGAAUAAGCGUAGUCAGCCAGCUAUCGGGAUGAAGAUUGCGACGCGGUAUCGGGAAGAUGCUCACAUCCGAAAAGAUCCGAUCCCCAGAACAUGUCGAUGUGAAAUUCGUCGAGUGUUUGAUACCUUGGAACGAACCUGUGCGUCGAGACUGCGGGGGAAUCCUAGGAAUCGUCCGUUGAAAGAGCAACCUUUUGCGCGGUGGGUUGUGGUACUCGCCGUCACCCGGCCCGCCCGAGGAAGCUGGUAUUUGUCGACGCAUUGCCGAAGAAAGCUUUCUCCGACACCUUCCUUUUUUCAUUCCCCUGACGUGAGGAAUUUCUGUCGCGUUUUUCUCGCCUCUUUCCGCCCCCCAGUGGCGGCUAUUUUCGGGCGUAAUGCCGGGGAUCGACUCUCGGCACGCGCCGCUGAGGCCACGCUAUUGCUUCCUGUGUUUUGCGAGCCGCGAGCUUCAGUGUUGUGUGGCCCGUGCAUCCUGACCCGGGGAGGAGGGAAAGACGGAACGCUGCGUCAGAAAUGUCCAUUUGCCAUUCUCGCGGUGCUUCCUCUCGCACAGAUUUUUAGCGCAGGGAAUACUUCUGAAGAAAAUGGGAAUUCCGCGGCGUCAUUCUUGAGAGAGUACUCGUGUCUGCUUUUCGGUUGGCUGCCGACAGGUGCGCCUCGUCUGGCGGACGUGCGCGACGAGCGCACUAUGCAAGGACUCGAAUGCGCGGGAGGCGUCGCGUCGCGUCGAGAAUUCUGCGGCUUGACGUCGUGGUAUUCACGUGGCGAGAGAGGGGGAGAGAGGGAUUAUUCGGGUGUGACAGAUAAGGAAAAGCUUCUGGGCAGUCGAAGCGAACAAACUUUACAGUUUCUCAUUUCUUUAUCUAGGGUUUUCCGCGAAACUGUGUACAAUAUCGUCCGGAUGCUCAUCACGUCGCAGUCCAUUUACGGGCAGUCCGCAGAAGUCGACAUGACAUCCGAGCCGUGUCCGAGGCUUAAUUGCAGCAGCAGGUGGCUAAUUAUGUUCCAGGUCCUUGCGCUUAACUGGAUUGUUCACGUCCCAGUGAACCUGGGUUCCAGUGGUGGGGAAGUCAUUAGGGAAAACGACCCACGGCCCGUGAAAAAUGCUGGCGUCGCCAGAACGAGGCCUGUCGCUUUGGUUGAAAGAGCUUCAUGCUGCCUCGAGGUCGGGCUGGCCAUCAUCACGCCAAUUUUUUCAGCCAACAAAACGUCGACGUGA